CUGCAACUUCCCAUAUCCAUGGUCAUGAUCAUUAUGGCGUGGACACUAAAUGCUCUUCAGCUUUUGUUCAUAAAAUCUCGAACCACAGCUCGUUGAAAGAGUCAGACCAUACCCGAGCGUACCGUAUCAUAUCACACCGCAACACACCACUCAGCAUUAUAGCAUAACUUUUUAGUGUACUUCAUUAUCAACAUGCCUGACUUUACUGGUCUCGAACUCACUGGCAAGACUGCCAUUGUCACUGGCGCGUCCCGCGGUCUUGGUGCCGGCAUUGCUAUCCUGCUUGGCAAGCGAGGUGCCAACGUGGUGGUCAACUACGUCUCAGACGGCAGCCGAGAGCGAGCUGAGAAGGUUGCUCAGGAGAUUGAGGCCAAUGGCACCAAGGCUAUUGUUGUCCAAGCCGAUGUCAGCAAGACUGCUGAGAUUCCUAAGCUUAUUGAUGCUGCUCUGAAGAUCAGCUCAACUGGCAAGAUUGAGAUUCUGAUUCACAACGCUGCUCAAGGAAACGAGGCCAAUUUGGUAGACACAACCGAGGAGUUCUACACCCGUCACUUUGACGCCAACGUCAAGGGCCCCAUCUUCCUGACAAAGGCCGCAGAGCCUCAUCUCCCCAAGGGAGGCAGAAUUGUCUUCAUUUCGUCAGCAGGAGCUCGCCUUGGUGUUGCUGGACAGACUGUCUAUGCCGCUACCAAGGCAGCUGACGAGGCUCUUGUUCGUGUCUGGGCCAAGGAGCUCGGUCAAUCUCACGGCAUUACUGUGAACUGUGUUAACCCUGGUCCUAUUGCUACAGAUCAAUGGUUCCAGAGUGAUGAGCAGUUCCUCAAGGAUAUGCAGCCGCUGAUUGACUCUACACCUGCUGCGGCGCGUGUUGGUGAGGUCAGCGAUAUUGCGCCUCUGGUUGCGUUCCUCUGCACAGAUGAUGCGAAGUGGACGACGGGCUCUGUUCUUUCUGCCAAUGGUGGUCUUUACAAUUAGAUUGGCAGUCUUUAGUUUAAAUCAUGAGAUGAACGAACGAACAAUUUGUUAA